AUGCCGAGGAAAAAGAGACGUAGUGGUCUGUUUGAACUAGACAGAGUAAAAGAGAAAAUCGAGGAGGAAAACGUUUGCUUCAACCGUGUUAAAAAACAGCUCUGCGCAUUGCAAAAGUUUAAUGUCCAUGACUUAUAUUUGGUGAAAGGUCUGAGCUUCACUGAGGAUGAAACACUUUUGACUUUUCAAGGUGUCUGUAACCUUAGAAAAGCGAUACAACAUGUUCCAUCAAACAUAGUAAACAGAACAGGAAAAUCCUUACGAGCAUUGUUAAUAUGGGAUGCUUUCAACAUGCUUUGCACAUCGACAAAUUGUGGUGUUAAUGAGCUUUCUCGCUAUAUGGAGAUUAUGGAACAGUGGUGCCCUAACUUUCUUCAUGUGGAUGAAUCCAACAUAGAUAUGGAAACAAGCAACAAGUUUAUUUCACCAGAAGUUGGAACAUGCACCAAGUGCGACAAAAUACUGUCCAUGCAUAAUAACCUGUCAACCGCAACAUUGUUCACGUUGGAUGGGCCCAAUUACUUUGUUCCAAAGUCACGCUUCAGUGUAGGAAUUGCACUAUCCAUUUUGGGCUGUGUAAUUUCAGCGACAAAUGUGGCACUCAUCUUUAUCCAGCAGACAUUGAUGAUAAUACAUUUGUGGAGGUCAGCAACGUGA